AUGCGUUAGUUGUGCUCGAUUCUUAAAUGCUUGAUACAAAAACUAGUUUGUUGCAUAAAAAUGUUGUUUAAAAAAGUUGUGCGUUUUAUAACUUUUAUCUUGAUGAUUGUUGGUGCCGUUUUCAACAUUUUAGCAAUUGCAGGAAACUCCUGGGAAAAUAUAAAUGUUAAUACAAAAAUUCAGGAUAGAUCUUAUCAUAUAGGUUUAUGGAAAGUAUGCGAAAAUUCUAUUAGUUCCAAAUGCUUUAAUAGAGAAAAAACUGACGCGUUGAAAGCAACUCAGGCUUUUAUGAUCUUGGGGUUUUUGGGUUAUUUAACUGCUUUUAUUUUUUGUGCAUUGCUUCACAUUAAUAAAAAUUUCACUAUAAACUUGCUUGGAGUUGUGCUUAAUACAUCAGCUCUAUGUUUACUUAUCGGAUUAAGUGUGUAUACAAAUCAAGUAAGUAUUCGUGAGUAUAAAUACGGCUGGUCUUACAUCAUUGGAUGGAUUUCAUUUCUUUUAACAUUGGUAGCUGGACUCUUAUGCUAUACAGAACAUUUUGAAUACCAUUCAAUAAAAUAACUAAAAUUUAAUACAUGAGUGUUGCGAAUUACUUAAUUUUUAUUUUGAAAUUUUUAUGGAAAGAUGCGACCUUUGUAUUCUGUGAGCUUCAGUCUUAAUUGUUCUUCCUUUAUAUUUUUGAAGAAAUCAUUGUAGAGUUGUAUUUAACAUGGCGAAAUAAAUAAAUAAAUAAAAA